AUGGGAUUUGACUAUAACUCUGACUUCAGUUUCAUUGUCUUUUCCAAGGUGACCACAGAGGCUUUCUUUUGGAAUGACUCAACAAGGGAAACAAAUUACUCUUUGGUGACUGAGUUUAUCUUUCUUGGACUCUCCAAUUCUCAAGAACUUCAGAUUUUUUUAUUUGUGUUCUUCAUUGUUUUCUAUGUAGGAAUUGUGUUUGGAAACCUCCUUAUUGUCAUAACCGUGGCUUCUGACACACACCUGCACUCCCCCAUGUACUUCCUGUUGGCCAAUCUCUCUCUCAUUGAUCUAUCUCUGUCCUCUGUCACGGCUCCCAAGAUGAUUACUGACUUUUUCAGCAAGCACAAAGUCAUCUCUGUCAAGGGUUGCCUUACACAGAUAUUUCUCCUUCACUUCUUUGGUGGGAGUGAGUUGGUGAUCCUCAUAGCGAUGGCCUUUGACAGAUAUGUAGCAAUUUGCAAACCUCUACGCUAUACUACAAUUAUGUGUGACAAUGUAUGUGUUGGCAUUGUGGCUCUUGCAUGGGGAAUUGGUUUCCUACACUCAGUGAGUCAGUUGGCCUUUGCAGUGAACUUACCCUUUUGUGGUCCUAAUAAGAUUGACAGUUUUUAUUGUGACCUUCCUAGAGUAAUCAAACUUGCCUGUGCAGAUACCUACAGGUUAGAUAUCAUGGUCAUUGCUAAUAGCGGUGUGCUUACUGUGUGUUCUUUUGUUCUCCUGAUCAUCUCCUACACCAUCAUCCUAAUGACCAUCCAAAAUCGCCCUUCUGAUAGGUCAUCCAAGGCUCUGUCAACCCUGAGUGCUCAUAUCACAGUAGUUCUUUUGUUUUUUGGACCUUGUAUCUUCAUUUAUGCCUGGCCCUUCCCCAUCAAGUCAUUAGAUAAAUUCCUUGCUGUGUUUUAUUCCGUGGUCACUCCUCUCUUGAACCCCAUUAUAUACACACUGAGGAACAAAGAGAUGAAAACUGCAAUGAGACGACUGAGAAACUGGAAUUUGAACUCCUGGCUGAAGCCUUAGAUCUUCUGUAGCUGUGAAAUGGACA